GCCGAGUCUCGGGCAGCAGCGAGUUUUGGGCUCCGUACACCCCGCAGACGCUCCCGGGCAGCACCAAACUCCCAGGAGCAACGACCAUGGAGGAGAAAAACUACGGCGCCACCGACGCCGAGGCGACCACGCCCCUCAUGGAGAGCGCACCGCUCCUCACCGAAAAGCGCCGCAGGCCGUACGCCGCAGCAGCCGUCGUCGGCACGCUCUGCAUGGCCGCCACUCUUACAAAAACGCAGCGCUACGCCGACCUGCGCGCGUCGCUGCGCACGCCGCGCGGCACGCCGUCGGUGAGCUGGGUCUACGACCUCACGGUCACGCAGGUGCGAUCUCGGCGUCUUGACGUGUUACGGCGCCUUCACUUCAUUCAAACGACUCGUGUCCAUGAGACGAGGUCGCGGGUGGUUUCUUUUUUGCUGAAGAGGCCGUUCGGACCGUUUCCAGUGAAUACGACGCGUCGUUCCCACGCAGGACCAGUUCUGGCAGCUGACCUGCGACCUGUCGACGCCGGGGACGCAGCCCUACGCGCUGUGCGGGCUGACGACGUGCUCGGGGCUCGAGGACUACCCGGACGUGGCCGCGUGCAAGUGCGCCCCGGAGACGGUCAACGAGAUGUUCGAGGGUGUGUUCGCGGCGUCCUACGAUGUGUUCACGCCAUCGACGCGACUCGUCUCCAGGAAUGAUGGAAGUGGGUGGUCUCAUUUUCGAUUUUGAGCGCGUUUCGGGCGAGAUCGCGACUCGAUGUCAUAUCACGCGCAGGCACGCCCAUGGAGUCGACCUUCCGCAUGGGCUCGUCGACCAUCUACCUCUCUCAAAGUGAAACGUACCGCAACGCCGUGGCCGCCCAGUACGCCGGGACCCUCGAUUUACCCGCGUUCUGCACGGCGCUGACCGACGGCACGAUUUGCGAAGAGUCGGGACUCGGCUGCGACUUCAUCUCCUUCCACACGGGCGCCACCAAUGAAGAGUGCCGCAGAAAAGCCUUAGCUAAAGGCGAGUCCCACUCCGAAGCUCAAACACAUAUCCAGUCCCACGACAGCAACGCCGGGUUCGCCUGGGAGAUCGACGUGGUGGAGGUCUGCAUGGGCGCGCCCUGCUACAAGCUGGAAGGGAACAUGGGCGACGACUCCGACGGCUGCCAGAUGGCCUGCCUCUGCCCCAUCGGCGCGGGCGAGCUCGAGCCGACGUUUUAUGAUGAUGCCUUAGCUUUGGAUUUUACGGACCAAUGCUUCCAAGCGACGACGGUCUCGACGUCCUGGACGCCGUCCUUGAAGCAGGUCAAUACCCUCGUCUCCACAUUAGUCAAGGCUGGGAAGGACAGCGCCCAGCAAGCCGCGAAUUGCGACUGCACGGUGUCGACGGCGUGCUGAGCGGCCCAUCAAUAUUCCUAUCCCCAUAGCAACCUAAUUUCUUGCACAAUAAUAUAAUUACAUUCGACGGCGGCGACGGCGUAGAGACCACGUCUUGUCGAUCGCGAAGCACGCUAGCGAAGGG